GCAGCGACCGCGCCGGGGAUGGUGUGCGGGAGGGGGGGCUGCUCCGCCGCCCGCCGCCCCCCCCCGCGACAUGGAGCUGGAGAACAUCGUGGCCAACACCGUCCUGCUGAAGGCCCGCGAAGGAGGUGGCGGCAAGAGGAAAGGCAGGAGCAAGAAGUGGAGAGAGAUCCUGCGGUUCCCGCACAUCAGCCAGUGCGAUGAGCUGCGGAAGGGCCUGGAGCAGGACUACGGCAGCCUGUGCCAGCGGCAGCCCAUCGGCCGGCUGCUCUUCCGGCAGUUCUGCGAGACGCGGCCGGAGCUGCUGCGCUGCAUCCGCUUCCUGGACGCCGUGGGGGACUACGAGCUCUCCCCAGAUGAGAAGAGGAAGGAAAUGGGGGAGGAGAUCAUCCAUCAGUUCCUCAGGCAGGAGUCCCCAGAUUUCCUGCCCGAGGUUGGGCAGCCCCACGCCAGCCGGUGCCUGCAGGACCUGCAGCAGGGCCCCUGCAAGGAUCUCUUCAGCAGCUGCUUGUGCCCACUGCAUGAGUACCUGAGCGGGGAGCCCUUUGCUGACUACAAGGACAGCAUGUAUUUUGACCGUUUUUUGCAAUGGAAGUACCUAGAGAGGCAGCCUGUCACCAAGGACACAUUUCGGCAGUACCGGAUCCUGGGCAAAGGCGGUUUUGGAGAGGUGUGUGCCUGCCAGGUGCGGGCCACGGGGAAGAUGUACGCCUGCAAGAAGCUGGAGAAGAAGCGGAUCAAGAAGCGGAAGGGGGAGGCGAUGGCCCUGAACGAGAAGCAGAUCCUGGAGAAGGUCAACAGCCGGUUUGUGGUGAGCCUGGCCUACGCCUACGAGACGAAGGACGCGCUGUGCCUGGUGCUGACCAUCAUGAACGGCGGUGACCUCAAGUUCCACAUCUACAACAUGGGCAACCCUGGCUUCGAGGACAAGCGCGUGGUCUUCUACGCAGCAGAGAUCUGCUGUGGGCUCCAGCACCUGCACCAGGAGGGCAUCGUCUACCGGGACCUGAAGCCAGAGAACAUCCUACUGGAUGAUGAUGGCCACAUCAGGAUCUCUGACCUGGGACUGGCCAUCAAGAUCCCUGAGGGCGAGACCAUCCGUGGGCGUGUGGGCACUGUCGGCUACAUGGCCCCAGAGGUGAUCAACAACGAGCGCUACGCCUUCAGCCCCGACUGGUGGGGCCUGGGCUGCCUGGUGUACGAGAUGAUCCAGGGACAGUCGCCCUUCCGUGCCCGCAAGGAGCGGGUGAAGCGGGAGGAGGUGGAGAAGCGGGUGCAGGAGGACCUGGAGUUGUACUCGGAGAAGUUCAGCGAGGAUGCUCAGGCCAUCUGCCAGAUGCUCCUGGCCAAGGACCCCAGGCAGCGCCUGGGCUGCGGGGCCGAGGGGGCGGCCGAGGUGAAGCGACAUCCCUUCUUCAGGACUGUCAACUUCAAGCGCCUGGAGGCCGGCAUCAUGACACCCCCCUUUGUGCCAGAUCCCCGGGCAGUUUAUUGCAAGGAUGUGCUGGACAUCGAGCAGUUCUCUACAGUGAAGGGCGUUAACCUGGACCAGACUGACAACGAUUUCUACGCCAAAUUUGCCACCGGCAGCGUCUCCAUCCCCUGGCAGAACGAGAUGAUCGAGACCGAGUGCUUCAAGGACCUCAACGUGUUCGGACCCAGCGGGACCCGCUCCCCCGACCUGGACUGGAGGCAGCUGCCCGAGCCCCCCAAGCGCAGCCUUCUGCAGAGGCUCUUCCGACGCCACCCAGCCGACUACACCCUCGGCACCACCCUCCACCCCCCGCACUCGGCCGCCGUGAACUCGCACCCUCCCGUGGCCAACUCUGCCAGCCAAGCCCCAGCACCAUCCUGACCCCUCUCGCCAUCCUGGGGGGGCCGGGAAGCCCCCCCGUGCCCUCUGGGGGUUAUCCCGGACUGGGGCUGGGGUCUCCAGGACGCUGGCACAGACAGAUGCGGGCUGCUGGCACAGGCAAGGGGGAUUGGAGGGGCAGAGUCUGCCCGACCCCAACCCCAGCAGCUCCUUGGCCCCUUUUUCCCCAGCCACACGGUGCGUCCAGCCUGUUCUCGAGGAGUCCUGCUGCAGAACCACCCCCUGCACCCCCCCGGCCACAGCCAGGGGGAAGGGGCCAGGGCAGGGACCUAUUUUUGCUGCGUUUGUGCCCAUUAUCUUAUCGCCCGCUCAGUGCGUGACCUCUGCGGGUUUAUCUGUGCUCUGCAAAUAGAAACGCAGGCAGCCUUGGAGCAGGGGGUGCCCGGCCCCCCCAGCCGUGCUGUGGGAUCCCCACGGAGGUGGGAGAAGGGAUGGGGUCUCCACGACAGAACCCCCUCCCCAGGGGGAUGCAGCCUCCCCCUUUUGCUCUGGCCACAAUGAUGUGAAGUCAGGCUCAGGACAGGGCAUUUUUUUCCAAGGUGGUUUUGGGUGGGCAGGAGCCCCCGGCCUUUCUGGGACAGCUCAGGGGCUGGUGGGGGGCA